AUGCCUUGUACUGAAAAAUUUCCAGGACAUUUGAUUCACUUAAUCAAAACUUCCAAGUAUGUACAUGUUGGUACAUGUUCUAAGGAUUGUGUUCCAUCUGUAUCGUUGAUGAACUAUUCAUAUAUUCCAAGAGAUAAAACCUUUGAUCAAGAGAAUGACAAGAAUGAUUACAUAAUUUUUGCUACCAACAAGGAUUCCGAGAAAUACCAUAAUAUGGUUGCUAAUCCUCCCGUUUCACUUUUGUUUCAUGAUUGGAUUACAGCAAAUAAUUUAUCUGUGAGGAAAGCUAGUUUAUCACAGACCCCAACACCUGAUCCUGCUUCUACACAGCUGAAUCCUGCUUCCGGUACGGGGGGCGGUGCAAUUCCAAACUCACAUCCAAGCAAACUGCUUAACCUAUUGCAUGAACUAAAUCAGGCUGAAUUGAAUCAAAUGAGUGCUAAUAUCAAAGGCCAUGCAAAGAUUGUUAAUCCAGCUACUGAGGAAUCUAAAUUCUACAAGCAAUUACUUCUGAAGACUAAUCCAGACGCUGAGGUUUUCAUUCUAGGUGAUAACACUGUUAUUGUCAAGGUUAAGAUCGAGAGUGCUAAGGUGACAGAUAGCGAAAAUAACACCGCUGUUUACAAAUGA